AUGCCCACCUCCACUUCCGCUCUCUCUCUCGCCCUUCGCAACGGUCCCUACACCGCGCACACCAAAUUCGGUCACUGCGUCGACGAGAACUACCGCUGCGUCUCUCGACAUGACUACGCGAACCCCAUCAAGGAGAAGCACAUCGAAGAGAUGCCGUACAUGGGGCACAAGCUCAUAUGGCCUCCGUUUGACCUUCAAGAAUGA